AUGGUUUUUGCCUGAAAAGAAGAGGUUUCUCUCUUCUUUUUGGGGUUUUGGGUUUUUCUUUUUGUAUAUAAACUGAGUGAUCGUUCAUUCUAUUAGUUGAAUUUAUUUGGGACAUUUUGUUUUCUUGUUUUUGUGUAUGAUGAUGAAGCUUAGAAAGAGAGCUUUAAUGGAGGCUAAUAAUAAUAAUAGAGCUGGAGGAGAAAUUAGAAAAGUCCAUAUUAUUUACUUUCUUUCCCGUAUGGGACACGUGGAGCAACCCCAUCUCAUCCGUGUUCAUCAUCUCGCCGGAGGAAGCGCCGGCGUUUAUCUUCGAGAUGUAAAGAGAUGGCUUGGGGAAUUGAGAGGAAAGGAAAUGGCAGAAGCCUUCUCAUGGUCUUACAAAAGAAAGUACAAAACAGGGUACGUUUGGCAAGAUCUGGUGGAUGACGAUCUCAUAACUCCAAUUUCUGACAACGAAUAUGUUCUUCAAGGAUCCCAAAUCAUAUUUCCCUCUACUCUCUUUGAUACUAAAACAUCAUUAUUCAGAGAAGAAUUGGAAGUAAGUGAAGAUUUUUCAUCCAAAGUUCAGAAAGCGAAUGCAGAACAAUCUCCACCGUGUGAUUCGGAGAGAUCGACAGUAACCGACGAUGGGGAUUCGAUGAAGGUUGAAGAAGAAACAGCUAAGAAUUUGGAGACAAACCAAAAACAGGGGGUAGAAGAAGAAGAAGUACAGGAUAUUGAAGGGGUUAAGACACAAUAUUCUUCUUCUUCUUUGUAUGCAAAAUUGGCGAACAACAAGAAGGAGAAAGAUAAAGAUAAGGAUCUCAUGGGAAAAGAAGGUGGACCAACAGCCACGUCGACAGUUUCGUCAUCAGCCCAACCGGCAUUUACAAAGAGCAAGAGCUACUCAAGCGGGGCUUCUCACGUGUUUCGCCAAUUGAUCACUUGCGGGAACGGGGCAGAAGAUACCAACGACACCGUUUUGGUGAAGAACCGAUCUCAACCCAAAAACGAUGCCGUGAUUUGUAGGGACGAGGUGUUGGGUGGCUCCGCCCGAGUCAUCGGAAAUUCUUGGGAUUUUGGGAACCUCGAAAUCCGCCGUCAAACUUCUCGAAAAAGUGUUGAUGAUUUAAGAAAGAAGAGACCAAAAGAAAAUGGCAAUGGAAAGGUGAACGCAACGGCAACUUACAAGCCAAUGGCAGGACCAAAUUGCUCGUUAUGUGGGAAGAGUUUCAGGCCGGAGAAGAUGCAUUCACACAUGAAAUCAUGCAGAGGAAUGAAGUGUUUGACGUCCAAGAAUAAUAAUAAUAAUAAUAAUAAUAAUACUGCUACAUCAGACAAAAGCACUUUGUCUAAAUCAACUACAUCCGACAACGAUUUGGUUUCCACUUACAUGUUGACCAACUGAGCCUUUUUGCUUCCUCAUCCAAUUCUUAUAAGUACUUUUUAAGAGUAUUGUUUUAUCACAUCUCUCUCCUUUUACAAAUAUGAUGUAAAGCUAGAAGACUAUAUAUAUAUAAGUAUAUUAUGGAAAAAGUAGUUUUAUAGAAAGGAUCUGUAGUAAAAAAUGUGAGCUAAGUUUCUGCUUCAAAUAAUGAAAUAGAAUUUGCUCUUU